GGGGUGGAGGGAGCAUCACAAUGGCUUUCAGGUCAAAGGCAGGUGUGUGGCUGGCAGGGUCCUGGCUGUGCCUGUGCAAGGUGAGAGCCCUGGGCACCAGUGCAGCUCUGGGUGCCAAGGCAGUGCUGCCCUUUGAAGCCAUACCCCAGUGUGCAGGCAACAAGUGGCUGAGGGUGCUACAGAUCUGGAAGGAGCAGGGCCAGGAGAACUUGCACCUGCAGAUGCACCGGGCUUUCCAGGAGCUGGGACCCAUUUUCAGGUAUGAAGUGGGAAGAACACAGAUAGUAUCUGUGAUGCUGCCUGAAGAUGCUGAGAAGCUGCAUCAGAUGGAGAGCCUGCAGCCCUGGCGGAAGCCCCUGGAGCCCUGGAUGGUCUACAGAGAGCACCGAGGACAGAAGCCCCUGGGCGUAUUCUUGCUGAAUGGAGCUGAAUGGAGAUUCAACCGUCUGCGGCUGAAUCCAGUCGUGUUGUCAGGAAAGGCCGUGCAGAAGUUCAUCCCCAUGGUGGACGAGGUGGCAAGAGACUUCUCCGAGGCCCUGAAGAAGAAGGUGCUGCAGAAUUCCCGGGGGAGCCUGACCCUGGAUGUCCAGACCACCUUGUCCCCGUGGCUCCUGCAGACAGCCUUCCCCUUGGUGAUGACGCUCUUUGAGCUGGCUCGGAACCCCAAUGUGCAGGAGGCCCUACGCCAGGAGAGCCUGGCAGCAGAGGCCAGCAUCUCUGCAAACCCCCAGAGGGCCCCCUCAGAGCUGCCCCUGCUGCGGGCUGCCCUCAAGGAGACCUUGCGGCUCUACCCAGUAGGAAGCAUUUUGGAGCGAACCACCAGCUCAGAUCUGGUGCUUCAGAACUACCACAUCCCAGCUGGGACCUUGGUCCACAUGCAUCUGUACCCAAUGGGCCGAAACCCCGCGCUGUUCCCCAAUCCUGAGCGCUACAUCCCCCAACGCUGGCUGGACAGCCAACUGCCCUUCCACCAUCUGGCCUUUGGCUUCGGGGUGCGCCAGUGUCUGGGCCGGCGCUUGGCAGAGGUGGAGAUGCUGCUUCUGCUGCACCACGUGCUGAAAUCCUUCCAGGUGGAGACACUAGUCCAGGAGGAUGUGAAGCUGGUGUACCACUUCGUUUUGAGACCCGCCUCCUGUCCCCUCCUCACUUUUCGGCCUGUCAACUAGUCACAUCUGCGCACUGAGGGUGCCAGCCCCACCACCAGCCUCCCUCUGCCCUGACCCCAGCCCACCUCUCUUCUGUCCCAAGGGCUCUGCUUCCUGGGCCCCAACACGGUCCAGCCAGCCCCUGGCCCAGUGGACUGGCCCAAGCUCCAGGGCAGGACAGGACUUGCCGGGCUGUGCAGCAAAGCCAGGACGCACUGAGGAGGAUCUUGGUGGCAAGUCCAGGCUUUGUUGCCAGCCUCACCGAGCAGUCUGCUGGGACAUGUUCCGCAGCCCGCUUGGCAGCAGCUCCUGCUUCUCCUGGCCAUCUAGCAGCCCUUGAAUCAUCCCUCUGAGUAUUGUCCAUGCUGAUGUUUUGCAUCUAUAUGGCACAUUCUAAUUUAUAUCUGAAAUUACACACACACACACAGCCAGAGUGAGAGAAUGGGGAAAGAGAAAGCAAGCACAAAUGAGCAAUUCCACAUUUCUACAUCUUGAGAUGGAAGUCAUGUUUCUGCAUUAUGUUACUGGAGCAUACACAGUGUAAGUCAGGGAAGAACAUAAGCAUGAGUGAGGACUGUAUGUAACCCACAUGAAUGGAUGGAGAUGGAGGUCAGAUUUGCAGACAGGAGUUCUUGCUGGUGACCUGGACAGGGUGAGAGAAUGUCCCUCAUGGUAAGGUGUCCUUUCUCUGGAGGCGAGGUAUUGACUGCAUUGGGGCAGGUACCUCCUGGGAAAUGCUGCAAAUGCCCUGACGUGAUAUAGAAUGGUGGCCUCUUCCCAAAGUUCCACGAGGGCUGGGAGUGGAGCAGACUGUGUUUUGCAGGGAAUUAGGACUUUACCUGAUCUGGGCACUGCGGGCUGAGUUAUAUCCCCCUGAAGUUUUGUGUUGCUCUCCUGAAGCCCAGGACUUUAGGACAUGACUGUAUUUACAGACAAUGCCUGGGUUGAGUGGAUCGAUGGGGAAUGGGGCCAUUUGGUUGAUCCAAUCCCAAUGUGACAGAGGUCCUUACAAGGAGAGGAAAGGAGAGCAGGAGCACCCAGAGAAGGCCCUAUGUGCAGACACACUGCGCAGGUGACCUUCCAGUCAUGGAGGAAAGCCCAAGAAAAAUCCAACGUGCUGCCACUCAUCCUAGACUCCUCACAUCCAGAAUAGUGGGAAAAUAAAUUCCUGUUGUUUCAGUUCCCA